AAAAGAAUAAUUCAUAUAUGAUCAAUAAUGUACAUUUUUAUAUAUUCUGUUGCUAGAAAACAAUUCUAUUUCGAUUUAAGCAAAGAGAGAAAAGUGGAGGUAAUGAACUGCACAUGAUGUUGUGGAUUGAGCACUUCUCUUCUCUCCUUGCAUAAAUAUCCCUAAAAAUCUUGUUAUUUUUAGAUUAUAACAAAGCUAUUUUAUUCUAUUUGAAUUUGUUGAAGCUAUGUUUGAUAUAAAUAUUGAGAGAUGUCUUAAGUAUUAUAGAAUAUUCUGUUUUAACUAAUACUAGUUAAUCCACUUGAACACAAAUGUAUACCCCUAUUAGAAUAUUCUGUUCGUGCUUAUCCCGUUCUGAAAAUUAUUUACAUUUUGUUUACAUCAUGCAAGUGUAUUGUAUCUUUGCUCUUGGUGUUGGCUUUCUAUCGUAGUACUUUAAUAUCCUAUAAUCAAAGUUCUAAUCAGUAGCGCUAGUUCUACAUCUAGCCAGAACUAUCCAUCGACGAAAGAUUUUCAGCAUCGGCAGUUCAUCGGGCAACAACUCUUCCAAGUACUACAAUAUUCCAGUCAAGAUAAUCGGCGACCCAAAACGAGAUGCCAACGUGAAGAAACAAAGACAGAGAUGGGAAAGCUACAAGGUUGUGAGUCCAUUCAAAAGACCGUGACAAUAAUCAGUAAUCAAAUAAUAAGUUAAGGCACCAAAAUUAGUUGUGGAUUAGAUUCCUUAAGAGGCUUUCCUCCAUCUGUUGCGAAAAUGUCAUUCAAAACGACAUACCCUUCGAGUUCUCCCUUUGUACCGAGUAUAAUCAUAUGUUUGUCUUUAUGGACUCAUCCUUUAUGUUUCAUGUUUGUUGUUUGUCUCUCCGCCUGUGUUUGCCAUUACUCUCUCUCUCUCUCUCUCUCUCUUUGGCUCUCUUUUACGGCUUGAAGCCGGCUUUUUGGAUUGCCUCGUCUGGCCUCGCCCUGCGUCUGCGAAUCUUCGUCCCUCCCACCCCCACAAACAAAAGCUACGUUUCUGCGUUUUCUGUCUUUGCGACACACGCACAGCCGAGACAAAAUCAAUAAAUGACUAAAGCCACCACGCCUUUGGCUGCUCUUCGUGGUGGGAUUCACGCUGCCUCGGACAUGUGAAGGCAGACGGUUUCAGUCUCUGACGGCAUUUCCCAGCGUGCAAACACGCGCUUUCGGCGCGCUUUCCAACUAAAUUCCAACAAAAACAAAGAAAACGGACUAGUUAACACGCAAAAAGUUUAUCCCCAGACAAAUUUAAUAACAUUUAAUUGAAAGCGUCAGAACGAAAACAAAUUAAACAUCCCACAGCCAAAAACUACACAAAAAUUGAGUCAAAACAAAUCAACGAAAUAGAUUUUGGCACAGUAUGAGCCAAAGUUUUGAUAGUUCACAUGGAGGAGGAGGACCUGGAGUUGGUUAUCCAGAGCGUCAGUCCUCGGAGGAUGUGCCCGAAUCUACAGCCACAGCAACGACAAGAACAGGAACACCAACAACAACAGCCGGAGAUGCCCGACAAGGAGCCGGAGGAGAGGAUGAUUUCACCGAUGACAACAAUUUCGAAUCGAAUUUGCGACGUCGCAAAGGCAAAAUAAUAUCCUGUGCCAAGGAGACCAUCGAGAAUGCUUCCCGCCAUAUACGCCGCAAAGUGCCGUACGCUGGUCAUUUGAUGACGCCGCGCCGGCUCUGGCUGAAUAAAAUCCCAACACAAUGUGACGUGGUCAUUGAAUUUCCCGAGGAUGCCCCGGACGAGGCACUGCGAUGGCUUCUGGCCCGCAUACGCUCCCAACCGCCUGCGGGUCUGGGCCUCCUGGUACAGGUCAAGGCGCAUGAGAGCACGCGACGGAAUGCCUUCUAUGUCAGUGCCCCCGUGAAUGUUCUUUUUAAAGCCGCCGAAGAGGCCCGCCUGCCCAAGCGUCUGCGUCCGGAUCUGGGCGGUGCCUUGAGGGAGUUUACUACCCGCGAGAGCCAUUGCUUCCAGCAGUUGAGGGGUGAUGUGGCCAGCACCGCGCUGUUCACCUCCCAGGAGCGUCAGUGGCUGGUGUUGCAGGUGCUGCAGGGCCUGCGUGCCGGCUGCAGUGACAUCGAUGCACUGCACGGACGGGCAGCCGUGGCCGAGGGCCAGAGCAUUGUGGCCGCCUGGCAGGAGUCGGGUCUAAUUACACAGGUCUUUCCGCUGCACGAACCACGUUCCUUGACACAGCUUCAGACCCACUGGGUCAAGCAGAUAUUUGCACCGCAACCUUUGGAUGACAUUGCUGCUUAUUUUGGGGUGAAGGUUGCCCUGUACUUUGCCUGGUUGGGUCAUUACACCUGCGCCUUGGGUGUACCGGCUGUUUUUGGCACAAUUCUUUACUGCAUUCUCUGGGGCAAAGGUCAGACCGCCCAGGACAUGGGUCACGUGCUCUUCUCUCUGUUCAAUGUGGCCUGGGCCUCACUGUAUCUGGAGGCCUGGAAGAGGUACUCUGUGGAGUUGGCCUUUCGCUGGGGCACUCUGUCAACUCCCCCCGAGUUACUCGAGCCACCUAGGCCUCUCUAUAAGGGCCCCUUGGAGGAGAACAAUGUCACAGGUCGCCUAGAGCCCAAAGAGGCGCCCGCCUGGCAACGUCGCGCCUUUCGCUAUCUGGUUAGCUUCCCCAUCAUAGGAUGCUGUCUCUGUAUGGUCUUUGCUGUGAUGUUUCUCAUGUUGCGCUUUCAGGACUGGUGGGACUCCAAGCUGCCGGAGGAUAGUGUCCUGUGCUGUCUCAGUGUCAUACCCAAGGUUCUUUUGGCAGGAGCCAUUACCCUCAUGGAUGAGGCUUACUUUAAGCUGGCUGUGUGGCUGAAUGAUAAGGAAAACUAUCGCCUACAAUCGAAAUAUGAGAAUCAUUUGAUAGCCAAAGUGGCGCUCUUCCAGUUUGUCAACUCCUUUCUAUCGCUCUUCUAUAUAGCCUUCUAUUUGCGAGAUGAAGAGAAGCUCAAAGAGCAACUGGCUGGUCUACUCAUCUCGCGACAAAUCAUUGGAAAUCUACGGGAAUCGGCCAUUCCCUAUUUCGUGGAGCAAUGGAAAUUGGCCAAAUUGAGCUUCAACAUGUGGGGUGCGUUGAGUCCCACGCAGAAUGUGACACGGAGUCUGGCCGAGGAAUUGGCCACAGCCGAGGCCGAGCUUAAGGCCGAGGCAGCUGGCACGCCCACAAAAAGCCAUCAGCAAAGCCAAGAAGCAAGUAAAAGGAAUAUUGGUCAGGCCGAAAUUGAGAGUUCGUUGUACAAAUACGAUGGCACCUUUUCCGAUCAUCUCGAGAUGCUGGUGCAGAUGGGUUAUGUGGUGCUCUUUUCGGCUGCUUUUCCCUUGGCCGGCAUCUGUGCUCUGAUUAACAACCUCAUGGAGAUACGGUCAGAUGCGUUUAAGCUUGCACAUGUGCAUCAGCGUCCGUUUGGACAGCGUGUGGCAAAUAUUGGCACCUGGCAGAAUGCUUUGAGUAUUCUCUCCCUGGCAGCGGUCAUUGUGAAUUGUGCUCUGAUUGGGCUCUCUGGUCAGGUGUCGAGGCUAUGGCCAGGAUUAACCACAGCUCAGACAAUUAUACUGAUUGUUACCCUCGAACACAUCAUGUUGGGUCUGCGGCAGGCACUCACCUGGUUGUUGCCCGAGUUGCCUUCCUGGCUGGCAGCGGAAAUAGCCCGAGCCGAGCAUUGCCGACGGGAAAUGCAAUGCAAGGGCACCUCACCACGUCCCACCCCGCCGACACCGCAAUCAACCACCUCUACGCAGCCGGAACAUGACGGCUCCGGCGGGAUGUUGCAAAUGGAGAGCGGCGCCAACACCACACACGAUCAGUCCAUGGAGAGUCAGGUGGCCGAGGAUUUGCUGCUCUAUGGCCACGAGUUCUCUGCCUCCGGUUAUGGGCGCAACAUCGAGGCGGAUGUCAAUAUUUAUGAGAACCGUGAUUCAUCGCCCGAUUCCCCACCCUCCCAGACCAGCACCAUACUCAUUAGACCGCUGCACGAGUCGACACCACCGCAUGGAGGCGCCUCCUUAUCCAGUCUGCAUCAUGAUGGCAAUGGAGGAGCUUGUAAAAGUUGUGUUAGAAAAUCUCAGCACUUUAUACCGGAAAUACCACCAUUUCUUGGAUAUUCUGUUCGAAAUCUAAGCGUAUUGACCAAACAACAGCAACAAAUCGGAGCUUCCGCCAGCACGCUAGCCCUGAACUCCGCCGCGUAUGCAGCCCGGAUGCAACCAAUGCAUUUGCCAGAAAUACCGCCGUUCCGUAAGAAAUCUAGCGACUCUGCCGAUCAUACUGGCAGCAGCAACAGCAGCAGUCCGCAGCGUGCCACAAUGCGGCAACUAUCAGCGCAAUAUCAACCACAACAACAACUGCAGCAGCAACAUCAACAGAGGAUCUCGGAGAUACCACCGUUCAAGACGCGCAAAAUAUCUGCGGAGAGUGCCACGCAUUUGAACAUGAGUGACAAGCUACACAUAAAACUCCAUGCACCCGAAUGGAUGUCACGCUUAAAAGUCAACGACAAUCCGAAUCUGCAUAGAAGCAUAGAUUGUAUUGCCAAGGAACUAGGAAACAAUGCCGAAACCUCGGAUGUUUUAAAGCCCGCCCCAUCCUGGAGCAAUGUGGCCCUGAAGACGGGAGCUCCUGGCAGCAUGUUGGCCACCCCACCAGCCUCGCAGCAACAACAGCAUAUAGUGGCAUCAUCCUCCUCAUCGUCGGGCGGCGGUGGCAGCGUUUUCAGUCCCAGUGGGCCCGGACCUGGUGGAGCCGCGGGCAGCAUCAGCAAUUCCCAGUCAAGGCCCAGUGUGGGUGCCCUAUCAAAUUCCUCAUCCAGCUCAUCCCAUAAGCAGCAGAAGAAACUGGAAAAGGAGGAGAAGGAGAGAGAAAAGAAGGAGGAGAAAGAGCGGGAAAAGGAGAGGAAAGAGGAGAAAGAAAAGGAGAGAAAAGAGGAGAAAGAAAAGGAGAAGCAAAAGGAGAAGGAAAGAGAAAAGGAGAAGGAAAGAGAGAAGGAAAAAGAAGAGGCAGCCGCAGCCUCCACAUCAGCGGGCCCUGUAGAUGACGAAGCCAAGGCCGCUGAAUUGGCGGCCAAGAAAUCGCGCCUCAAGCAAAAGCUGGUGAAAAGUGCGAGAUCUGUGGCUAUAUUCUCGCUAAAACUGAAGGAACGAAGACAAAGGGAGGCUGAAAAGGCAGCUACCAUAGCCGUAGAGCAUGCCAAGGCUCUGGCUAAGCUGCCGAUUCCCCAGGCAGUGGGAGGUGAACUCUCUCUUAUACCCAUCGAACAAUUGAUUCAAAUUGAGGAUCUCCAACCUGCGAUCAAGCCUGCAACAGCAAACGUAUCUACAACGACAGCACCCACAUCGACAUCGAGCCAGGCAGGCACAUCGAUGCAGCAUCACUAUCAAUAUCAACAGCAGCAGUAUCAUCAUCCACAUCCGCACACAGAUGACUAGGCUUGUCAAAAGUAGAGAUUGAUUAGCAGCCACACACAAACACACACGCACUUUGUAAAUAGUUUUCUAUGCACCCACUCUCUCCAUCUACUUAGCUGAGUUUUAGUCAAAGUUACCGAUGAUACUCGUAUGUGAGCAAAUUUGCUGAAUGUGUGUCUUGUCCAGAGUUGGAAGCAACUAAUUAACUAAACCUAGUAGUAGAAAGCAAAAGAAACCUAUCUAAAGCUAUCAACAGAAAGCGAAGAUGUUGAAGGAAAUCCAUUUCUAUAUCAAUUUUGUGUGGAAUUGCUAACUGAAUGGAGAUCUAAACACAAUGCCAUAGUAUUUUGCACCCACUGUAAUCGAAAUCGCAGAAAUCUUAGCCAAAAAAAAAAAAAAACAAAUACCAAACAUAUUUGAAGAAGAAUAAUUGUGAAACGAAUUUUUGUUUAGCGUUUUAGCAGUUGAUGUGUUUUUUGGUAGUUAAUGUUGUUUAGCAUUUAGCCGUAAAGGGAAAUUUGUUACAGCACGAAAAGUGUUGAAAGUGUUACGUUUUGCAUUUAUGUUGCCACUGAAAGAAUAAUGAUAUACAUACAUAUACAAACUAAAGCAAUCAAACAGACACACAGACACUCGAACACAACAUGAGCACACACACAACACGCAUAACUGUGAGAUAAUGUCGUCCAUUGUUCCUUCCAUAUAUAUGUACAAGGAUAAAGCCUUCGCACUCGCUUUUAGCCCAUGGUAUAAGAAAUCGAUCAGAUCGAAAACGAUCCAACGAAACAAAUUAUUCAUCAAAUGCUGCAAAAAUAUUUUUCAUCAUUUUACUAAAUGUUUGGCUUGAGAAACUUACGAAACUCACAAUUAAUCUAGUACUUAGACGGAUCAACACUCAAACAAACACACUGAUAAACACAAACCCACUUACACACGAAUGAUAUUUGUAAAUAUUUUGUAGAAUUUAAGCGUAAAUUAAAUGAAGUUUAUAAAUAACAUUACAGUAAUACCCGUAACUGUACGUGCUCUUGUGUUAAACAAAAAAAAAAAGCAACAAGUUAAAGUAAAGCAAUUCAUUUGAAAAGAA